UCGUGAUGAUGUAUGUGGUGGAUACACACGUGAGCUUAAUGCUGGAGCACUACACUGUUGGCUUACUAGGGUACUUUACAAUCGUCGUAGUAGAUUUGACCCUCUUUGGCUAGAGUGUGUUGUAGCUGGUUACAAGGAUGACGAACCAUUCUUGGGUUAUGUUGACAAGAUUGGAACUGCCUUUGAAGCCAAGGAAGUUGCUACUGGAUUUGGACUUCAUUUUGCAGUUCCAAUGAUUCGAGAAGCCAGGGAGAAAAAACAAAACUUAUCAUGUGAUGAGGCACGCAAGCUGCUGACAGAGUGCUUGAAAGUUCUUUAUUAUCGUGACUGUCGUGCUCACUUCAAAUAUCAACUAGCUGAUAUCACACCAGAAGGUGUAACUAUUCAUGAUGACCUCAACCUGAAAAAGGAGACUAACUGGGAAGUAGCUAAUUAUAUCAGUGGGUAUGAAUAAGAUGACUGGCAGCCAGAUGGAUUUAAGUGCAUUUGGUGUAGUAUAAGGGUAUAUUUAUAGUUUUAUAAAUUCUGUGUUUCCACUGAUUUUGUCACGUGGUGUUCCAGUCAUGAAUCAUAUGAAAUUGUCCAAUAAAUUUCAUACACAAGAA